AAACGAAGCGUAUGUAAGCAGAGUAGUGGACAUUUUUUGUUUUUUCCAGAAGGCAGCUAUGGCCCCUCAAACCUCAUCACGUUCCCGAUCCAGCCGCAGGUCGGAUCGCUCACGGGCACGAGGAAAGACUUCCUUCCAGUGUCGAGUGUGUCCCGGAGUUCACCCGCUGAGGAACUGCCGGAAGUUUAUCCGGUUGAGCGUCGAGAAGAGGCUCCGAGCCGUACUCCUGCAUCGGCAUUGCUCGAACUGCCUGGCUCACGAGCACUCGGGCAAGGACUGCCGCAGUGGAGACCUAUGUAAGGUGUGCUCCCGGAACCACCACACUCUGCUCCACCUGCCCGGGUCUCGGCGCCCUACUGGCUCCUCUUCGGCUCCGUCGACUUCACCUCCGUCUCGGCGUCCUGCUGGCUCCUCUUCGGCUCCGUCGACGUCACCUAAGUCUUCCCGCGCCAACCCACGCCCUCGUCUUCCGGUCAGCCGCCCUGUCGUUGGAAAUCCGGUCCCGACAGCAAACUCCUUGCUCCAGCACCAGAGCAUCAACGUCCUCCCGACGGCGAUGGUGGUCCUCGCAGGCACUCAGGUGAUGAGUGCGCUGAUCGACCCCUGCACGCCGGUCAGCUGCAUCGACGCCGAGGUGGCUAGGGAGCUGAAAUUGCCCACUACCUGCAUCGGGGACGAGCGGGUGUGCACAGCCAUGAUCCGGGCGAAGAUAGGAGAUUUUAAAGUGGAGGCAGUCUUCAAAAUCGAGCCCCGUCUGCGCGUCCGUACGCCGAUCCGUCAACUGAGCGACACCGUCCGUGCUCGUUUCGACGACUUGAGGUUGGCCAACGAGCAAUUCCACAAGCCGACGACCAUCUCGCUCGUCUUGGGUGCGGACUUGUAUCCCAGGGUCAUCCAACCUGGGUUCCUCGCCCGCGCAGACGGCCUUCCCGUGGCGCAAAGCACGGUGUUUGGGUGGAUCGUGUCUGGUGCAUGCACGCAGACUUAAAAAAAAAUCUUUGCAUUCCUGCAAGGGGGGGGAGAA